AUGGGAAUAAAAAAGAAAGAAAUAAACAUAUUACUGCUUGGUGAGACCGGUGUAGGAAAAUCUACAUUUAUAAAUGCCUUCGUGAAUUAUCUCAAAUUUGAUACAUUAGAAGACGCAAAAAAUGGGGAACUGGAAGUUCUGAUCACAUCAAAAUUCUCAAUUAUGGAUGAUGACUUUGAGACGAAAACAAUAAAAAUUGGUGAAGAUGAUUCAAACGAGCAACUGGAUCACGUAGGAAUGUCAGCCACUCAAGGAUGUAAAAGUUAUUUAUUUCAAGCCGAUAACAACGUUUACAUAAGAUUGAUCGAUAGUCCAGGAAUAGGAGACACAAGAGGAAUAGAUCAAGACAAGAAAAAUUUUGAAAACAUUUUAAAAUAUCUUGGCCAUCACAAAUACCUUAAUGGAAUUUGCAUUCUUCUUAAGCCCAACCAAUCACGAUUGAAUGUAAUAUUUAAAUUUUGCAUACAAGAGUUGUUAUCACAUAUUCACAAGAACGCAAAGGAUAACAUUGUCUUCUGCUUUACCAAUGCUAGAGGAACUUUCUAUCGUCCAGGAGAUACGUUACCAGCACUAAAAUCACAACUAAAUGAGCUCAAGGAAAGAUCUGGUGUCGAAAUAAAAACCAACAAAGAUACAAUGUACUGCUUUGACAAUGAAUCGUUUAGGUUUCUAGCAGCGAUCAAGGGGGGGAUAAUAUUUACAGAAGAAGAUGAAAAAAGUUUUGCAGAAAGUUGGAAAAGAUCAGUGGAUGAAUCUUUUAAACUCUUCACGUAUCUUGCAUCGAGUAAGCCUCACAAAAUAAAAGAUACUUUAUCGUUAAAUCAUGCUAGAAAGAUAGUAAUAGUACUUUCCAAACCUCUUGCGGAAAUAGGACAACUCAUCCAAGUAAACAUUAGUCUAAUCAGAGAACAGCAAAAUGAUAUCGAAAAUUUCAGUCAAUCCAUAGAGCAGCUUGAAGACAGGUUAUACAUCCCACAGUUAGACCUCGAACCAGUGCAAUUGGGAUAUCCCAGGACUGUGUGUACCAGUAAAUGUUGUGUUGAAGUCUUGACUAUUGGAGAGAAUAAUUCUUUAAAAAAAAAAAAUUACAAAACACACUGUCAUACACGCUGUUAUUUAGACAAUGUUGAAUGUAAUGUGGUAAAUAAUUCAGCCUUGCAAAAAUGUAAUGCCAUGAGAGACGGAAUUUGUAAAAAAUGUGGUUGCAUAUGGGAUAAACACAUGCAUAUUUCGUACGAGAACAGGCAUGUGAUCAAACAUAUCGUUGACUUAAAUAUAGAAAACCAGAUCAAGGAAACUAAAUCAUUUCAAGAGAAAAAGAAAGCAAUUAUAGAAGACAAACAAAAAAGAAUUGAUCAGCUAAAAAAUGAGCAGCAGAUAAUAACCGAUAUCAACGUCCAAUUUGCACAAUUUUUAAGGCAGAGCGCAAUAGCCAUUUUCAAUAAUGCAUAUGCGGACUACCUUGAUCAUUUCAUUGAACAAGAAAAAAUUAAGAAGAAUCGAAAAAAAGAAUACAUGGAAAAAAUAGAAGCUAUAAAUAAAGCAAUUGAGAAUAACGAUCCUUCGGUACCUCCAGUCUCUCCAGAAGAUAUAUCCAAUCUCGAAGAACAAUUGUAUACUCUACCAAUAAACGGUCAUACAUUAAAAAAUAUAAAAGAUGGAGCGGAGCGUAGUUUAACUAAUGUAUUCAGGUAUGAAGAAAAAUACUGUUGGAGAUCAUUAUCAGAAGGAAGAUUUAUGAAUAGACGACCUCGAAUAGGAAUAAAUGAACCACCUCUUGUACCUUACACGAUUCCAAUUCUUGGACAUACAUUUAAUUAUUUAAUUCAUACGAAAAGCUUUCUUAAAGCAUGUAAAGAGCAGUAUGGUGACUGUUUUUCGAUUUAUGUAUUCGGACGUGUAAUUACGAUCGCCGCAAGAAAUUCUAUAAAUGAAGUAUUUAAAAACUUUGGUAGUGCAAAUGCCGAGUCGAUUCCUUUUCAUACGUUGUUUACUUAUAGCAAUGGUUUAAGUAAAGAAGUAAUUCGUUUUAAUUCUAAACUUACCAGAGAAGAAAUUUCCGCCAAAUUUGAUAAUUACGCACCAAUCAUACAAAAAUAUAUCUCCAAAGGAAUCGAUAAUUGGAUUGGAGACUGUGAAGUCUUUUAUGAUACUUGGAUGAGAGCUAAUAACAUAAUAGCUUUAGCGAUUGUUAAUAUAUUGGUUGGAGAGAAAGCGGCGUCAUUUGAUCUAGUAAAUACAUUAGCAAACUGGCCUUUUGAUUUGGGUAUAUUGGUAACACUUCCACCAAUACUUUCUUUCAUCCAUCCGAAACUACACGAUUUUGUAACCACAUUACCGAUAAAAUUGGGAUGGAAUCCGAUAACAUAUCAUCGAAAAGUUGUCAUAGAUAAUGUGAGACCAAUAAUCGAACGUCGUCUCUACGAUAAAGAAGUAUUGGGCGAUAAUUAUAAACCUUGUAAUGACCUACUUGAAUAUUAUAUAAAUCAACCGGAUUUCGUUAAUCGAUUUCAAUAUUAUAUCGACACCUUAUUUAUUCUUUCAUUUGGUGCAAUCGGAACAACAAGUAGAGCAACUACCAAUGCAUUAUUCGAUUUGGGGGGUAGACCACAAUUCGUGAAUGAAUUAUAUGAAGAAGCAUUACAAAUUGACAAAGAAUGCAAUGGAUCACCUUACCUAGCUGACCUUUUAAAAAUGAAGAAGUUGGAUAGUUUUGUUAAAGAAUCACUUAGACAUACUGAUGAAAUAGGUAGGUCAACCUUCCUUAUAUUGUUGAAUCAGAAAGUUACACUUUCUCCAAUGGUUACACGAUUCCAAAAGUCAAAAGAAGCGUAUGGUGAGGACGCUGAAGAAUUUAAACCAUUUCAAUUUGUAAAUAUGAAUUCUGCUGCAACAAAAAUUGAUCGUUCAUAUGCUGUAUUUGGUGGCGGUAAACAUGCAUGUCCCGGUCGAUUUUUUGCCGUAAAUGAAACAAAACUCGUAUUACAUAAAUUGAUUUUGAAAUAUAAAAUUACGACACAAAGUGGGAAGAUUGAUAAUAAAUUAAUUAUUGGAACGAUUACAUUACCUCCUAAAAGUGGUUUGGUUUUUGAAAAUAGGCAAAAAUGA